UCCCUGGUCCAGUCCAGGAAAGCAGGAAUCACAUCUGCGCUGGCCUCAAGCACCUUGAACAAUGAGGAGCUGAAAAACCAUGUUUACAAGAAGACCCUGCAAGCCUUAGUGUACCCCAUCUCCUGCACAACACCCCACAACUUCGAGGUGUGGACGGCCACCACCCCUACCUACUGCUACGAGUGUGAGGGGCUGCUGUGGGGCAUCGCCCGGCAGGGCAUGCGCUGUGCCGCGUGCGGCGUCAAGUGCCAUGAGAAGUGCCAGGACCUGCUCAACGCUGACUGCCUGCAGAGGGCGGCAGAGAAAAGCUCCAAGCAUGGAGCAGAGGACCGGACCCAGAAUAUCAUCAUGGUGCUCAAGGACCGUAUGAAGAUCCGGGAGCGCAACAAGCCAGAGAUAUUUGAGCUGAUCCAGGAGGUGUUUGGGGUCACCAAGACCACACACACACAGCAGAUGAAGGCAGUGAAGCAGAGUGUCCUGGAUGGCACCUCCAAAUGGUCAGCCAAGAUCAGCAUCACAGUUGUUUGUGCCCAGGGCCUGCAAGCAAAGGAUAAAACAGGCUCCAGUGACCCAUAUGUCACUGUCCAGGUUGGAAAGACAAAAAAAAGGACUAAAACUAUCUACGGCAAUCUCAACCCUGUCUGGGAGGAGAAUUUCCAUUUCGAGUGCCAUAACUCCUCUGACCGCAUCAAGGUCCGUGUCUGGGACGAGGACGACGACAUCAAGUCCCGUGUCAAGCAGCGCUUCAAGAGGGAGUCCGACGACUUCCUGGGCCAGACGAUCAUUGAGGUCCGGACCCUGAGUGGGGAGAUGGACGUCUGGUACAACCUCGACAAGCGGACAGACAAGUCGGCUGUGUCAGGAGCCAUACGGCUGCACAUCAGUGUGGAGAUCAAAGGCGAGGAGAAGGUGGCUCCCUACCACGUACAGUACACGUGCCUGCAUGAGAACCUGUUCCACUUUGUGACGGAUUUGCAAAACAACGGGGUGGUGAAGAUCCCUGAUGCCAAGGGGGACGACGCCUGGAAGGUGUACUUUGAUGAGACAGCGCAGGAGAUCGUGGAUGAGUUUGCCAUGCGCUAUGGAGUGGAGUCCAUCUACCAGGCCAUGACGCACUUUGCCUGCCUUUCCUCCAAGUACAUGUGCCCUGGGGUGCCAGCAGUGAUGAGCACCCUGCUUGCCAACAUCAAUGCCUACUACGCACACACCACAGCGUCCACCAACGUCUCAGCCUCCGACCGCUUUGCUGCUUCCAAUUUCGGGAAGGAACGUUUCGUCAAACUCCUUGACCAGCUGCACAACUCGUUGCGCAUUGACCUGUCCAUGUACCGGAACAAUUUCCCUGCCAGCAGCCCUGAACGGCUGCAGGAUCUCAAGUCCACAGUGGAUUUGCUGACCAGCAUCACCUUCUUUCGGAUGAAGGUCUAGGAGCUGCAGAGCCCCCCACGAGCCAGCCAGGUAGUGAAGGACUGCGUGAAAGCCUGCCUCAACUCCACCUAUGAGUACAUCUUCAACAACUGCCAUGAGCUGUACAGCCGCGAGUACCAGACGGACCCGACUAAGAAAGGCGAGGUGCCCCCGGAGGAGCAGGGCCCCAGCAUCAAAAACCUGGACUUUUGGUCCAAGCUCAUCACCCUGAUAGUCUCCAUUAUCGAGGAAGACAAGAAUUCCUACACGCCCUGCCUGAACCAGUUCCCCCAAGAACUGAAUGUGGGGAAGAUCAGUGCUGAGGUGAUGUGGAACCUCUUCGCUCAGGAUAUGAAGUAUGCGAUGGAGGAGCACGACAAGCACCGCCUGUGCAAGAGCGCGGAUUACAUGAACCUGCACUUCAAGGUGAAGUGGCUUUACAACGAGUAUGUCACCGAGCUGCCCUCCUUCAAGAGCCGUGUGCCCGAGUACCCUGCCUGGUUUGAGCCCUUUGUUAUCCAGUGGCUGGAUGAGAAUGAAGAGGUGUCGCGGGAUUUCCUGCACGGAGCACUGGAGCGGGACAAGAAGGAUGGGUUCCAGCAGACAUCGGAGCACGCGCUCUUCUCUUGCUCCGUGGUGGACGUUUUCUCCCAGCUCAACCAGAGCUUCGAGAUCAUCAAGAAACUCGAGUGCCCCGACCCCCAGAUUGUUGGGCACUACAUGCGACGGUUUGCCAAGACCAUCAGCAAUGUUCUACUCCAGUAUGCUGAGAUCAUCUCCAAGGAUUUUGCUUCAUACUGCUCCAAGGAGAAGGAGAAAGUGCCCUGCAUCCUGAUGAACAACAUCCAGCAGCUCCGUGUCCAGCUUGAGAAGAUGUUUGAAGCCAUGGGUGGGAAGGAGCUGGACACAGAAGCCAGUGAUAUCCUUAAGGAGCUGCAGGUGAAACUCAACAAUGUCCUGGAUGAGUUGAGCCGAGUCUUUGCCACCAGUUUCCAGCCGCACAUUGAAGAGUGUGUGAAGCAGAUGGGUGACAUCCUGGGCCAGGUGAAGGGCACUGGCAACGUCCCCGCCAGCACCUGCAGCAGUGUUGCACAGGAUGCUGACAACGUCCUGCAGCCCAUCAUGGACCUCCUGGACAGCAACCUGACACUCUUUGCCAAGAUCUGUGAGAAGACAGUGCUGAAGCGGGUGCUGAAGGAGCUCUGGAAGCUGGUUAUGAACACAAUGGAGAAGACCAUUGUCCUGCCCCCACUCACUGACCAGACGAUGAUUGGCACGCUCUUGAGAAAACAUGGCAAGGGGACAGAGAAGAGCAGGGUGAAGCUGCCCAGUCACACUGAAGGCACGCAGAUGAUUUUCAACGCAGCCAAGGAGCUGGGGCAGCUCUCCAAGCUGAAGGACCACAUGGUGCGGGAGGAAGCCAAGAGCCUGACCCCAAAGCAAUGUGCAGUGGUGGAGCUGGCGCUGGACACUAUCAAGCAAUACUUCCAUGCCGGUGGCGUAGGGCUGAAGAAGACAUUCCUGGAGAAGAGCCCUGACUUGCAGUCGCUGCGCUACGCCCUGUCCCUCUACACGCAGGCUACUGACCUCCUCAUCAAAACCUUCGUGCAGACCCAGGCUUCGCAGGGCUCUGGUGUGGAUGACCCUGUCGGGGAGGUGUCCAUCCACGUGGAGCUCUUCACCCACCCCGGCACUGGUGAACACAAAGUCACCGUCAAAGUGGUGGCUGCAAAUGACCUCAAAUGGCAGACAUCGGGCAUCUUCCGGCCCUUCAUCGAGGUCAACAUCAUCGGCACGCUGGGUACGGAGACGGGCCCCGAGUGCUAUGAACUGCAGGUGUGUGUGAAGGAUUACUGCUUCGCCCGCGAGGACCGGACGGUGGGCCUCGCUGUCCUGCAGCUCCGCGACAUCCCGCAGCGACCCGGCUGA